AUGUCUUCUGCUUCUUGGAUCACAUCCCUUUCUUGUUCAAGCUCUGUAAUACAGUCCUCAGAGGACACCUCAGUUUCACCCAUACUUCAAUGGCUAAGAUUCAUCUUCCUCUCUCCAUGUCCUCAAAGGCUCCUCUUAUCUGCUGUUGACAUUGCGUUCUUGCUUGCCCUCCUCGUGUUUUUGAUCCCGAAGCUCUAUUCCAGAUUCAUCUCCAAUAGUCAUAGCAAUUCUGACGUCAAUAAACCUCUCAUUAGAAACAACAGAGUUCCUCUUAGAACUUCUCCAUGGUUCAUGAUCUCGCUGAUUGUGACAGUUCUUCUUGCGGUUCUUUGUACGGUUUUAUGCAUUCUGGCCUUUUGUACAAGUAACCAGCCGCAAUGGAAGCUAGUAGAUGGACUGUUUUGGCUGAUUCAAGCAAUAACUUAUGUUGUAAUAACCAUCCUAAUAGUCCAUGAGAAGAGAUUCGAAGCUGCUAUGCAUCCAUUGUCUCUUCGAAUAUUCUGGGCUGCAAACUUUGUCAUUGUCGCUUUGUUCACUGCUUCAGGGAUCAUUCGUCUAAUAUCAUUUAGAGAUUCUAGUUCUGAUUUGAGGUUGGAUGAUAUAAUUUCAUUCAUUAGCUUUCCUUUAUCGAUUAUUCUUCUAAUUGUAGCCAUUAAAGGUUCAACUGGGAUUACGGUGAGAAGAGAAUUUGAAUCAGGAAUGGAUGGGGAAGCCAGGUUGUAUGAACCACUUUUAGACAAAUCUAGUGUCAGUGGAUUUGCUUCAGCUUCUAUUAUAUCAAAAGCCUUUUGGCUUUGGAUGAAUCCUAUACUGGGCAAAGGUUAUAAAUCACCUCUCAAGAUUGAUGAUAUCCCAACCCUUUCACCGCAACAUAGAGCUGAAAGAAUGUCAGAGCUCUUUGAACUCAAUUGGCCUAAGCCUCAUGAAAAAUCAAAGCACCCUGUUCGAACCACAUUGAUUCGUUGUUUCUGGAAGGAGAUUGCUUUCACUGCCUUCCUUGCAAUUGUGAGACUUUGUGUAAUGUAUGUAGGGCCUACUCUCAUUCAAAGAUUUGUUGAUUACACAUCCGGGAUUAGGAGCUCUCCAUAUGAAGGAUACUACCUGGUAUUGACUCUCCUCAUUGCCAAGUUUGUGGAAGUUUUGACCUCGCACCAAUUCAACUUUAAUUCCCAGAAACUUGGAAUGCUUAUUCGAACCACCCUCAUUACUUCUUUGUAUAAGAAGGGCUUGAGGCUAUCAUGCUCUGCUCGACAAGCUCAUGGGGUUGGACAGAUUGUAAAUUACAUGGCAGUGGAUGCUCAGCAGCUCUCGGAUAUGAUGCUCCAGCUACAUGCCAUAUGGCUUAUGCCACUACAAGUCACUGUUGCCUUAGCUAUCCUAUAUGGUUACCUCGGUGCCUCGACGAUUAUAUCACUAAUUGGCCUAGUUGUCGUUUUAGUGUUUGUUGUGAUGGGCACUCGGCGAAACAACAGAUUCCAAUUCAAUAUAAUGAAAAAUCGUGAUUCAAGAAUGAAAGCAACAAAUGAGAUGCUUAAUUACAUGCGUGUCAUCAAGUUCCAGGCAUGGGAAGAACAUUUCAACAAGCGAAUUCAAUCUUUCCGUGAAUCAGAGUAUGGAUGGCUAUCCAAGUUCAUGUAUUCAAUAUCAGGCAAUAUGAUUGUGCUGUGGAGCACUCCACUAAUGAUAUCUACACUCACAUUUGGGAGUGCAAUUUUGUUUGGGGUUUCACUCGAUGCAGGAACAGUUUUUACCGCGACCUCGCUUUUUAAGAUGUUGCAGGAACCAAUCAGGACCUUUCCACAAUCAAUGAUCUCACUUUCGCAAGCAAUGAUCUCACUGGGGAGGUUGGAUAGAUUUAUGAUGAGUAAGGAAUUGAUUGCUGAGUCAGUGGAGAGAGUGGAAGGUUGUGAUGGUAGAACUGCGGUGGAGGUGAAAGAUGGAGUUUUUGGCUGGGAUGAUGAAGGUGGAGAAGAAGUGGUGAAAAGUUUAAAUUUUGAGAUAAAAAAAGGGGAACUUGCAGCUAUAGUUGGGACCGUUGGAUCAGGGAAGUCUUCUCUACUGGCAUCAAUUCUUGGUGAGAUGCACAAAAUAUCAGGAAGGGUAAGAGUUUAUGGGACCACAGCCUAUGUUGCACAAACAUCGUGGAUUCAAAAUGGGACAAUUCAAGAGAACAUCCUAUGUGGUUUGCCUAUGAACAGAGACAGAUACAAGGAAGUUAUCAAGGUCUGUUGCUUGGAGAAAGACUUGGAAAUGAUGGAGUACGGAGAUCAGACUGAAAUUGGAGAACGUGGCAUCAACCUCAGUGGCGGCCAGAAGCAGCGGAUCCAACUUGCCAGAGCUGUUUUUCAGGAUUGUGAUAUCUAUCUUCUUGAUGAUGUAUUUAGUGCCGUUGAUGCCCAUACUGGGUCAGAUAUAUUCAAGGAAUGUGUGAGGGGCAUCCUCAAAGAUAAAACGAUUUUACUUGUCACCCACCAAGUUGACUUCUUGCGUAAUGUUGAUCUGAUCUUAGUUAUGCGAGAUGGGAUGAUUGUGCAAUCCGGAAAAUACAAUGAUAUACUAGAAUCAGGAAUGGAUUUCAAAGCGCUAGUGACCGCCCAUGAAACUUCCAUGGAACUGGUAGAAGCAGGAACCACCUCACAUGGCCAAGGUUCCCCAAAACCACCAAAAUCUCCUCAAACAUCUUCUAACCAUGGGGAAGCAAAGGGUCAGGACCGAUCUCAAGAACAAUCCGAGUCUGAAAGGGGAACUUCUAAGCUCAUCAAAGAAGAGGAGCGAGAAACUGGGAGAGUCAGCUUACAUGUUUACAAAGUAUAUCUCACAGAG